AUGCACCGAAAAAUGCCCAUAGCAUCACGCCCCAGCCCGGUGGUUCUAUCCCCGGGGCCUGUGCUCUCACUCCCUGCCUGCCUGGGCCUCACCUCGUCGGGGUCUGGGAACAGCUCGUCUCCGUCCUCGAGCUCCUGGAAGCCGCUGUGGUCCUGCGCCAUGUCCCCGGGAGUGGGUGUGGGUGUGUGGGGUGUGUGUGUGGAGGUCCUGGAGGUCCCGGAGCUGCGCAGCGGGAGGGCGGACGGAGUGAAGCCGGAGAGCAGAGGAGGAGAACGGGAUGCGAGCUGCUGCUUCCCCCGCUGUCAUGUGAUCGCGGAAGAGACAGGAGCCGUCAUCAUGGUAGCUGUAGCGGGAAGGUCGAAUCCCCAAGCCUCGGUCUCCUCUACGGGAAAUGAUGCCGAGUCCAGGGGCCAGUGUGCAGUGGCUAGAGAGACAAACACAGACCCAGACUGGGAGGAUCAAAUCCAGACCAUGUUGGAGUCCGGCUCCAAACUGAGCGAGGAUUUUAAUGCUCUGAAACUGCAGCAGCAGCAGGAGGAGCUGGACUUCAUCAAGACCAAGAGCGAGCUGACCAAGAAGAGAGACGAGGCCGUCAAGCAGAACAAGGCUUUUGUGGAGAAGAUGGAGUCUGUGAGAGUCAAGCUGCAGCUGAACAACUCCAAAGGCAUGAGGAAGAACUUCAUGACCAAGAUACAGGAAGUGACAUCAGAGAAGAAACUAGCCCAGGAACAACGAGACAAGCUGCAGGCAGAGCUGGCCGAGGCGGAGGCACAGCUGAUGUCUCUGGAGCAGGAGCAGGUGGAGGAGCAGCGUCAGUGGGACCAGGAGCUGUCAGAGCUGCGGAGCCAGAUUGAGCAAGCUCGGAAGGAGGAGAGGGAGGCCCAGAGCAAAGCGCAGAGGGACGAGCGAGCGGCUGUGGAGAAGGAGAGGAACGAGGCCAACGUGCGCUUCACGACGUGGAUCCAACAGGUGGGCCUGUACCUGGCCGCGGUGCGCGACAGGCGGCCUCUUCAAUACAGGCAGGAGAAGGAUCUGUGGGAGGGCAUAGAGACCAGGGUGAGUCGAGACCACGCGGAGGUCCUGGCCAGUUUCACCGAGCUCCUACAGCAGCUGGAGAGAGGCCGCGAGCUGUGCAGCCUGACCCCAACACGCGCCCCGGCCAAUCUGCCACUUGUGCCCCUGCCCCCGGCCCCUGCCCUGCUCCCCACACCCACUCCCAUCCUGCCCAUGCCUCUUCCACACCACAUGCCUCCUCCACACCACGCCAUGAGACUGCCUUUUGCUCCGCCACGACACGCCCUCAACCCCAUGCCACAGUUACCACGGCAAUACUUCCCACCACCGCUACUUCCCCACCCUCCACCACGCUUCGUUAUGAACCCACCUCCAGUGCAUACCCCGCCCCCUCGGACUCAGACUCCGCCCACUGUCACCUCUGCUCCUGCUGCUGCUGCUCCUGCUGUUCCUUCCUCUAUAGCCACAGCCGUAGAGACGCUGAGCAAACUGAUGGACAAGAUGAAGGCUCAAUUCCCGCAGUGCUCGGAUGUGGAGCUGAAGAAGCUGCUUCAGCAGGUGAAGACGGAGCGUGGCACGUUGUCCAGGCUCUCGAUGGAUGAAGUGAUUGAAAUGGUCAGAGUCAAAGUGGAGGCAAACUCUGCGACCCUUCCAUCGGCUGCCGCACCUGCCCCACAGAAACCCUGCCUCAUUUGCCAAAAGGCCGUUGAACCCGGGGCCAAGUGGGAGGACCUGCUCUCCUCUGUCCGCGCUUGUGUAAGUGCUGUGUGUGUUUAUUAUAACUCGGAGGAGGCUGCGGUUGAUGCGAUUAGACGCGUGGACGACGGAGCGAUCGAAGCUGAUCCCGGCUCCACGGUCCAUCGUUAUCUCAACACAACAACUUUGCCGCCAUCUUUGUUUCCCCCGCCGAUCAAUAACUCUCGGCCAUCAUUCCCGCGCCUCCCAAAGUCCAGCAAAAGUGAAUAA